AUGCGGGCGCCACUUUGCCUGUUGCUGCUGGUCGCCCACGUUGUGGACACGCUGCCCCUGAACCGAAGGAAGAAGCAAGUGGGCACUGGUCUGGGAAGCAACUGCACUGGCUGUGUCAUCUGUUCGGAAGAGAACGGCUGCUCCACCUGUCAGCAGAGGCUGUUCCUGUUCAUCCAUCGGGAAGGCAUCCGCCAGUAUGGCAAGUGUGUUCAUGACUGUCCCCUGGGCUACUUUGGCGUCCGAGGCCAGGAGGUCAACAGGUGCAAAAAAUGUGGAGCCACCUGUGACAGCUGCUUCAGCCAGGACUUCUGCAUCCAGUGCAAGAGGAGGUUUUACCUGUACAAAGGGAAGUGUCUUCCCACCUGCCCACCAGGCACCACAGCCCAGCAGAGCACACGGGAGUGCCAGGAGGAGUGUGAGCCAGGACCCUGGGGCGGCUGGAGCCGCUGCAUGCACAGCCGGAAGAUGUGCGGCUCAUCCUGGGGCCUGGAGACCCGUGUGCGAGGGGCUAGCCGUGCUGGGCCAGAGGAAGCAGCCAUCUGCCAUGUGCUGUCUGAAUCCAGGAAAUGCCCUAUCCAGAGGCCCUGCUUAGGAGAGCGAAGCUCCAGCCAGAAGAAGGGCCACAGGGAGCGGCGCCCACGCAAGGACAGAAAGCUUGACCGCAAGCUGGACAUGCGGCCCCACCGGUCCCAGGCCUAG